AUUCAUCUCCUUGCUGUUGGAAACGGAACCGCAGAAGAAGCGGCACUAAUUCGGUUGUACUCGGCUGAAGUCGGCCGUUAACGGUCGCUGUGUUCAAAUUUUCGGACUCCGGUGAAGACUUUCCAGCGGAAUGACGGUGCUGCAGGAACCAGUGCAGGCUGCAGUAUGGCAGGCUUUGAACCACUAUGCUUACCUGGAUGCCGUCUUCCUCGCUGAGAGACUCUACGCUGAAGUGAAGUCAGAAGACGCCCUCUACCUGUUAGCUACAUGUUAUUACCGCUCGGGAAAACCUUACAAAGCUUACCGGCUGCUGAAGGCACACAGCUGCUCCUCGCCACAGGUUCGAUUCCUGCUGGCCAAGUGCUGCGUGGAACUGAGCAAGCUGGCUGAAGGAGAACAAGUUCUGAUUGGUGGAGUAUUGAACAAACAAAAGAGUCAGGAUGACAUCAUCACAGAGUUUGGAGACUCGGCGUCUUUUACUCUGUCUCUACUGGGCCACAUUUAUUGUAAGACGGAUCGUGUCGCUAAAGGAGCCGAAUGUUUUCAGAAAAGUUCCAGUCUUAACCCGUUCCUCUGGUCACCGUUCCAGAAUCUCUGUCACCUAGGAGAGAAACCAGAUCCCGAUCAGGUCUUCAGGUUGUCUUCACUACAGAGCUUCUCAGUAGCCCCGCCCCCUGCGUCCGUCAGCCCUGCUCAGAACCCUUCCCAUCGGUUAGACACUGCCCUAAUGGAGACGCCCCAGGACACUCUGGAGCUAAACCGAUUAAAUCUGGAAUCUUCUGGGAAGUUGGUGUCUGACUUGUCAGUGUCCUAUAUUGACUCCCCCCUCAUCUCCCCGGAGGCCGGCUCUCUCUUGGGUAAUAGCGUUUCCAUGGCAACAGCAGGGUCCUUAUUGGCAAAACAGAACAAGCCAAAGAGUGGUUGGAGCUUAAUGGGAGGACCGACGGCUUUAAGUCCACUGACACCAAGUUUUGGAAUCCUGCCCCUGGAGCCAAGCCCUGGAGACCCAACAUAUCUACAGAACUAUUCUGCAACCAUGGAAACUCAGAGCACGGCUCCCAACAAGAAGUCUGUCUCCAGGAUCAGUCAAUCCAAGUCUGUCUUCAGUCAGAGUGGAAACAGCAGAGAUGUUCUUCCUAUUCCUUUCAACCAAUCACAGACUUCUGCACCACACAGCAGCAGCUCUCCUCAGGUCCUCAGUCCCAGUCUGUCUGCUCCACCAAACGUCCAGCCCAGACGGAGCUCCAGACUCUUCACUAGCGCCAGCUCCACGGCCAAGGAGAACAGCAAGAAGCUGAAGAUGAAGUUUCCCACCAAGAUUCCCAACAGAAAGACCAAGUGCAAGUCCACAAAAACGCCAAACAGCAACAACCUGAACGAGAGUCUGGACAUCCUGAGGCUGGACCCGGCUAUUAGUCUGCAGGACACCAAAGUGCCUCCAUACCAGAGAGCUGCGGCAGACAGUGUCAUGGCGUUGCUCAGGGAUCUGGGUCGGGGUUACCUGGCUCUCUGCUCCUACAGCUGCAGAGAAGCGAUCAACAUUUUGAGCUCGUUACCUCCCCAGCACUACAACACGGGCUGGGUUCUGACCCAUGUGGGCAGAGCCUACUUUGAGCUGGCCGAGUACACGCAGGCAGAGCGUCUGUUCAGUGAGGUGCACAGGAUGGAGUCGUACAGAGUGGAGGGGAUGGAGAUUUACUCCACCACGCUGUGGCACCUGCAGAAGGACGUCGCCCUGUCAGUGCUGUCCAAAGACCUGACUGACAUGGACAAGAACUGUCCUGAGGCCUGGUGUGUUGCAGGUAACUGUUUCAGCCUGCAGAGGGAGCAUGACAUUGCUAUAAAGUUCUUCCAAAGGGCCAUCCAGGUGGACCCAGACUUUGCCUACGCCUACACGUUGUUGGGUCACGAGUUUGUUUUGACAGAGGAGUUGGACCGAGCACUCGCCUGCUUCCGUAACGCUAUCCGAGUGAACAAGAGACACUAUAACGCCUGGUACGGACUGGGAAUGAUUUACUACAAACAGGAAAAGUUCAACUUUGCAGAAAUCCAUUUCAAGAAGGCUCUGAGCAUCAACCCUCAGAGCUCAGUGUUGCUCUGUCACAUCGGAGUGGUGCAGCAUGCCCUGAAGAAGUCAGACGCUGCCUUAGAAACUCUGAACAAAGCCAUUGGGAUUGACCCCAAAAACCCUCUCUGCAAGUUCCACCGAGCAUCGAUACUGUUCGCCAACGACAAGUACAAGGCAGCUCUUCAGGAGCUGGAGGAGUUGAAACAGAUUGUUCCGAAAGAGUCUUUAGUUUAUUUCCUGAUAGGAAAGGUCUAUAAAAAACUGGGUCAGACCCACUUGGCUCUAAUGAAUUUCAGCUGGGCCAUGGACCUGGACCCCAAAGGAGCCAACAACCAGAUCAAGGAGGCCAUCGACAAGAGAUACCUGCCUGAAGAUGAAGGGGCGGAGCUUGAUGAAAGUCAUGAUGUCGGCAUCAUGAUGGAUGCCGAUGACACCCAGCUUCACACGGCAGAGAGCGACGACGUCCUCUAGCCCAGAUGGACCCUUGUGCUAAGCACGCCUCUGAGACAAUUUUAGCUCCACCCCCUUUCCAGACAGACUGCUGCCUUUCAGAAACCCCAUCCUCUUCUCCCUGACAUCACAGCUGUUUUUGUUUUUGGUUUUUUUGUUUUUUCAUUAUGAAACUCAAUAAAAAAUCUAUGGUAUUAACUC